GCUCGUCCUAACUGUACCCGCCACCACCCAUUUACCUACCUGUCACGCUCUUUCCCCAUAUAAUUUCACACCCAGUCGCUCCUGCAAAUCCAAUUCGCGGCCUCGGUGGCUGCGCAUCCGCCCGCAAUGGCGACACCAACACCAUCAUCAGACGGCAUGAUCAUCGGCACGAACUCGCGCCCCAGCAACCCCACACCACUCUCCGCACCCCAAGAACAGCAAGUCCGGGAUCUAUACUACAAGAACGCACGGUCGAAAUGCGCGCAGGAGAUUGAAACAUUCGCCGCCUGCGCCCUCGGCCGCACAAUAACCAUGGUAUGGGCCUGCCGCGCCCAAAAACUCACAAUGAACGCCUGCAUGCUGCAGUUCCAGACGCAGGACGAAAUGGACAAGGCGCGCGCCCAGUGGUUCCAGCUCGCCGGGGAGCGACGAAAGGCGCGCGAGGAUCAUCAGCAGCGGCUGGAGGACGCGAGGCACAAGCACAAGGAGUGGUGGAAUCUGGAUGAGGAGGGGCGGACGCAGGGGAAGAUAUUAGAGGCGGGGGCGCGGAGGGAGGAGAAUAAGGUGGAUGAUAGGGGGGUAAGGAGAGGUGGGGUUUGGGGUGGGACAUGA